UGCUCCGAUAUCCGCUAUCCGCGCGCGAUUUUUUCUCCCAUUUUGUACCUUACUUAACUUGUAGUCUCUCAAUGAUUUUGCAACCCGUUCACCAAUACCAAACAAACCUGUAGCCUGUAGCCGCCAGAACUAAGUGGUCACGAGAAUCAACAGUGCAACACUAUCAGCGAUUAGGUAUAAAGAAUUAUUUGUACAUGAAAUCUCAAAAGACGCUGCUUUUGUUGCAACGCAUCUGUUUAAACAAAAAAUAAUCUACCGUUUUUCUUUAAUAGUAUAUAUGUCGUGAGAUGCAACAAGUGUAAGACAUUGUGAAAAUUCAGACGCUAUAGUAAACCGCUACAUUUGUUUAUCUUUGUAUAUUUUUGUUAUUCACCAAGUUUGCGUGUUCAAGUGUUGUGGCAACAGUGGUACCUUAGCGGUUUCUGGGUCAUUGCAUUCACAAACUAAACCAUGGCUCACCUACACCACAACUUCGACAUGAUCGAAGUUGAGUCUGACAGGGGGAAACCAAGAAAGAAGCAGUCAUGUCUGCGACAAAACGCCCUCACCAUAGCCACAAUGUUAGGAGUCAUUCUCGGGGCAGUCGUCGGCAUCAUUCUUCGAUACUCCAGGGAAAAAUGGACAGAGCGAGAAAUUGUAUAUAUCGGACUUGCAGGACAGAUCUUUCUACGGAUGUUGAAGGCGCUGAUCCUGCCGUUGAUUGUUUCGUCGUUAGUGUCUGCGAUAGCAAGCUUGGACUUGUCCCUUUCGGGGAAAAUUGCCUUUAGGGCGAUAGCUUAUUAUAUGACUACUACGUUCGCUGCUGUGGUGUUAGGUAUGGUUGUGGUGGUUACCAUGAGGCCGGGUGUGGGUCAUAAAAGUGAAGACUCGGAUGGUAAGGAAGAAAAACGGGAGGUUUUAACUGUAGAUACCUUAUUAGAUUUAAUCAGGAAUAUGUUCCCACCAAAUGUAGUAGAAGCCACAAUUUUCCAAACUCGUACCAAAUUACAUCCAACCAACACCAGUGGCACAGAUCUUUACAAGUACAGUAUCGACAACGAAAUUAUCCAAAGUACCAAUAUCCUCGGUCUAGUCGUAGUAGCUGCUGCUUUGGGUAUAGCUAUAGCUCAACUAGGAAAGGAAGCCAAAGUGAUAGCCGACUUCUUCCACCAGCUGAUGGCCGUCAGUAUGAAGAUUACUUCCUGGGUGAUAUUCCUCUCUCCAGUGGGUAUCGUGUUUCUGGUAUCGUCUAAGAUAAUGGAAAUGGACGAUAUGGCUAAAACUUUAGGAUCGCUGGGAUGGUAUUUUGCUACAGUUAUGGUUGGAUUGACGGUACAAGGAUUCAUUGUUUUGCCAUUGUUGUACAUACUCUUAACAAGGAGGAAUCCAAUUACGUUUAUUCAUAAUAUGUCAGAAGCCAUUGUCACUGCGUUUGGAACUGCUUCGAGUUCGGCCACACUUCCCCUCACAAUUCGAUGCUUGGAAGACAAAAACGGCGUGGACUCCAGAGUGGCCAGGUUCGCGCUUCCCAUAGGAGCCACCAUCAACAUGGACGGAACUGCCCUUUACGAAGCAGUAGCAGCCAUCUUCAUAGCUCAAGUAAGGAACGUGCCUUUGGAUUUUGGUACGUUAGUGGCCAUCAGUGUAACUGCAACGGCAGCUAGUAUCGGUGCUGCUGGUAUUCCCCAGGCGGGUCUGGUUACUAUGGUGAUGGUGUUGGAUACCGUUGGGUUGCCUGCCGAAGACGUUAGUUUGAUUUUAGCUGUAGACUGGUUAUUGGAUCGUUUCCGGACAGCAAUCAAUGUCAUGGGCGACUCAUUCGGUGCAGGCAUCGUUUACCACAGGAGUAUGAAAGAACUGGGAAUGUUGGUAUCAACAGAAGGUAGCGCAGAGGAUCCUCCAGACUACAUCGACGGAGUAGCUACCACCGGAAAGAGCCACUUGAAUGAACACUUCCAAGAAAGCGUUCACUGAAUAUUUAAGCAAUAAAAUAAACUCUCCUGAAUAGAAUUGUUGGCGACAAAAGAGUACUAAAGAACGAAAACAACAAUGAAAGUAAACACUGUAUAAAAUGAUAUUUCCAAAAUUGUGUAGAUUUACAGGUCUCAAUUAUUAAUAAAAUGUACAUAAGUGAAUCAAGUUGGACUAGGACUCUCAAAUCAUAUUAGUACCAAUUUUAAAUCGAGCAUAAUUUAUUUGUGAUUUUUGAUCCGUCUAUUAUGUACAUUUUCUAUGUGUGAAAGUUUAUAUUAAUCUCUUUCCAUUAAUCAUUUCAUCAUAAGUUGUCAGUCAUUAUACUAGUUUCCUUUUGUCUUCUGCUAUUCAUUCUGUUGACGAAACUACUGUGGCGAGCUAUAUAAAAAUAACGAGGUAUCAGCAGAAAAUCAGUGGCCUUCUGACUACCCUAGAGAACCUACUGUCUUACUCGCUGAAGUCAAAGAUUCAAUUAAAUCACUAAAGAGAAAUAAAUCCCCAGGCAUUGAUUCAAUACCAUGUGAAAUACUACAGUUACUAGGUGACAAAGGAUUACAUAUCAUCCAUUCUAUCUGUGUCACUACACAAAAAAGGAACUACUACCAGAUGUGAAAACUACCGCACACCGUCACUAAUAACACAUGCUAGUAAAAUAUUGUUGCAUAUCAUCAAAAACAGAUUAAAAACCUAUCUACAUUACCAAAUACCUCAGGAACAAGCGGGGUUUGUAAAGGGUAAAGGUACAAGGGAACAAAUCCUGAACCUGAGACAACUCAUUGAAAAGUCUAGAGAAUUUCAAGUACCUAUGAUUAUAUGCUUCGUUGACUACCAAAAGGCAUUUGAUUAUGUAAGCUGGAUAAAUCUGUGGUCAAUUUUAAUAGAAAUGGGCGCACCAAUGCACCUGGUGACACUUACUAAAAAUCUGUACCAGUCUAAUGUAGCGACAGUACGACUAGAUCAGAAGUUCUCAAACCAAUUCAAGACCGAGAGAGGUGUUAGACAAGGAUGCGUGUUGUCACCUGACUUAUUUAACAUUUAUGUUGAACAUGUCAUGAGGAUGGUUUUAGAAGGAUGGGCCGGUGGAGUAACAGUAGCUGGUAGAAAAAUCUCCAAUUUAAGAUUUGCUGAUGACACUACACUUAUAGCAGCAAAUAAGCAAGAAAUGUUUGAUCUUCUGCGAAAAGUUGAGUACGAAAGCAAUAAAGUUGGUCUGAAAAUCAAUAAAGCUAAGACAAAAAUAAUGGUGGUCGACAGAUUUGACACUAUUCAACUGACUAACAUAUUACAGGAAUACCAGAUAGUAAACACCUUUGUCUAUCUCGGGUCUAGUAUAACUAACGAUGGUAACUGUGAAGCAGAAGUUCGGAGACGUAUUGGUAUGGCAAAAAAUGCGAUGAGUCGCCUAACUAAACUUUGGAAAGACAGAUCUCUCUCUCAAAAUAUCAAGAUGAGACUGGUGAAUGCCCUUGUAUUCUCAAUAUUUCUAUACGGAGCAGAGACUUGGAUUUUUCGCGCAUGCGAGCGCCAAAAAAUUGAUGCCUCUGAGAUGUGGUGCUGGAGAAGAAUGCUGCGCAUACCUUGGACAGCUCAUAGGACAAACGUUUCCAUUCUAAACCAACUCAAUAUUAAAAAAAGGCUGUCCACAAUAUGUCUGCAACGAAUUCUGCAAUUCUUUGGUCACGUGGUUCGCAGAGGUGACGACAGUUUGGAGAGAUUAAUUGUUUCUGGAAACGUUCCGGGGAGAAGAUCAAGAGGACGAUCACCAACUAGAUGGUCUGACCAAAUAAAGCAUUCAGCUGGAAACUCAUUCUGCGAAGCUCUUAGAGCAGCUGAAGAUAGAGACCAAUGGAGAAACAUUGUUAGGAAUAUUGGAAGAAAUCACGAUCCUCAGUAAUGGGGAAACGACAGGAGAGAGAGAAUUCAUUCUGUUUGACAAAAUAUAGUCCAGUAAUAGUUAUUAAAUCGUUUAUAACACGAAAUUGAUAGCAUAUCUCAUAUCUAUCGCUUAAAGUUAAUAAAGUUAAUCGAAGAUAUGAGCAGAAUAUUUGAAGCAUUUGAGAUGUGGCUAUAUCAUAGAAUACUUAAGAUCCCGUCGCCCGCCGAUUCACAAAUGACGAAGACCUCAAAAGAAUGAAGAAGAACCGAGAGGUACUGACCACCAUCAAAUCUCGAAAGUUGCAAUACUUCGGACACACUAUGCGAAAUGAAUCCAGAUAUACCCUCCUGCAAGCUAUCCCACAAGAAAAAUAUUUGGAAAGCAAGGUGCAGGAGGAAGAGGAACAUUCUGCUUAAAGAAACUCAGAAUCUGGUUCAACAUAACAACUGUGCAGCUUUUUCGCGCUGCUGCAUAUUAUGAUGAAGAUUGCCAUGAUAUAAUUUGUCCAUAUUUGUCAAGGAUAGGUCCAUCAAGAAGAAGUGACAAUCAGUUGAUAAACUUGACAAAACCCGUUGGAAAAGUCUAUUACUAAUAGAAAAACGUACACCAUCUUCUGGUUUCUAUUAAUUACUUAAGACAACAUAAGAGAGAAUGUUGGCAUUAAACAGAAACCAGAAAAUAAUAAAAAAACUUCAAAUAAAAUGAAAUAUAGGUCGCUUUAGCGCUAGGGAAAAAUGAAGACAUUGGACAGACUAGCUGCUCAGUUUUUCCAGAUACGUCGGCAGCUACGAAAUGAUGCAUACAACAAGAGUUUUAACUAGAUCUGCUCCAGAAUUGUGUUUUGGCCUGUAAUCUGCUUCUACACUCUUUUGCCAUGAAUAUUAUUUUACUAAUACGUAGACCAAUACAGACUACAAGGUAUUGGUCUGAGAAAAAAAUGGAGUUAAACUUCACUAAACAAGCCAGGAACCAUGUAUCUGCUUUCUUCUUAGACCAUUCUGAAUCUGCGCAGGACAGAACUGUGCACCAACAAAUCAAUACUAUGAGAACUGAACAUUUCCAAUAGACUUAUUACAACUAUCAAUAAAAAUGUACGGAGGAGAAGAUCUAACUAAACAACUAUUAAAACUAAUCUAAAAAAUAAUAGAACAAAACAGAAUACCACAAGAAUGGAGAUCAAGCAUCCUAAUACCUCUCUUCAAAAAAGGAGACAAAUCGGACCCCGAGAAUCACAGAGGAAUUAACUUAUUAAACACAACAUUAAAAUUAACAACCAAAGUGAUAACAAACAAAUUGAAUGAAAUUAUAACAUUAGCAGAAGAACAACAAGGUUUUAGGUCGGGAAGGUCAUGCACUGACGCUAUAUUUAUAAUGAGGCAAGUUCAAGAGAAAUCGAUGGAAUACAACAAACCGGCAUAUUUAUGUUUCGUGGACCUUAAGAAAGCAUUUGACAGGGUCACAUUAAAGGACGUUAUCCAUUUGUUAUACUCGAGAGAGGUACCUCUAGGAAUAAUUAAAACGAUCGAAAACAUUUACCAGAACACAAUACAGUGGAACCCCGUUAACUCGGAUUAAUCGGGACCGCGGCCGAUCCGGGUUAUCGAAAAUUCGGGUUAGCCGGAGAAAAUGGUAAAAAUUAUUAAAAUAUGGUAUGCUUACAGAUAAACUCCGUUAUAAUUGGCACACAGACACUUGUAAACCACGUUCGCGUUCCACACAUACAAAGCGUCGUCGAGAGUCUCAUUUUUAGCUUUCUUAGCUUUGCACCGAUUGUCCAAACUGUCUUUUGUUAUCAUUUUGAAACAAAAACAACAUUUUAAGUUUUAUUGCCAUUACGUAGACAAAAAAUCACGCAAACACAACAAAAUCUGAAUAUAUUUACGCGGAACGAACAAUGAGACUUUACUACACACACACAAUACCGUCUCGCAACGAGAACGAACUUAGGUUAUUUAAUAAGAGUGAAGACUAAGACCAUUGUUUGAAAAAUAAUUUUUUAAUAGUCUUUUCUAAACAAUGCUAGACAGUUUCAAGUAAAUAAAGGAUACAGGACCGGUGCUAGGGUAUCAGGUGCCCGCCUGCAAAACUAACACAGGCGCCCUUUGGUUUUCUAAAAUUAGCAUUUUGUGUAACACUAGCAGAAAAAAAGCUCAUUAUGGCGCCCCCUAAACAACGGCGCCCGCCUGCAGUGCAUCCCUUUCAGGCCCGUUAUCGCCGGUCCUGACUACAGAUGCCUAUUGGUUUCGAUAACACGAGAAUGAGCGUUGUCUGCCAUACCAGUUAUUUUUACUAAGGUAUAUUAUGUAUCAAAUUACACAAAUACGCAUUAUCUCUCAUUGUAUAAUGUGUUUGACAUUGAAAAUUGAAACGAAUGAACUACAUAGGAAUUCGCUAAAACGACAAAUUUUUACGAAGAAAGUUUAUUAUGAUAAAUAAAAUUAGCCUGAAAAAUAUAAGAUAUCAUAGUAUUCGAACAAUAUGUUUAUAAGGAAAGAUAAAAGAAAAUAUUUUAAGAUGUUGAAAAGAAAUUGGAAAAUCCAGCAUAAAGGACAUACAUUUUUAUUGUUGUAAUGUUUGUCUGAUAAAAAUCGGUCCGGGUUAGCCGGACUUCCGGGUUAUCGGGGGCCGACUUAUCGGGGUUCCACUGUAAAAGUAAAAGUGGACGAUGAAUUAACUGACCCAAUUGAAGCCGGCAAUGGGAUAAGACGGGGGGAUUCCUUGAGUCCUUUAUUGUUCAAUCUGAUCAUGGACGAAAUAAUAAAAAAAGUAAGAACUAAAAAGGAUACCAAAUGGGAGAAAAACAACUUAAAAUAAUCUGCUAUGUGGACGAUGUAAUACUAAUCUCUCAAAGUGAAGAUGAUUACAACGUAUGCUGCACUAAUUCAACAUAAUCGCCAGAAAAUUUAACAUGUUAAUUUCCCCACAAAAGACAAAAUGCAUGGUUAUAACAACAGAUCCAAUAAGAUGGAAAUUGGAGCUGGAAGGUUAGAUAAUAGAACAAGUGAUGGAGUUUAAAUACCUAGGCAUCACACUAUCUACUACGGAAGGCUCGAAACAGAAGUGGAAGAUCAAGUGCUCAAGACUCAAUAUGGAGAAAUAAAAAUAUCGGAAAAGAAAUGAAAGGCAGAAUUUACAAAACAGUCAUCAGACCAAUAAUGACAUACGCGGCAGAAACACGACCCGACACAGAGAGGACAAAAAGAUUGUUCGAAACAGCGGAGAUGAAAACCCUUCGGAAAAUCGAUGGUAAGACUCUAUGGACAGAGCUAGAAGUACAGAAGGUGGAUAACAUUAAUAACUGGGUAAGAAACAGAUGAAUAGAAUGGAAUGACCACAUAAGCCGAAUGACAACAAAUAGGAUAGUCAUGACAGCGAGAGAUGGUUCCCCAAUAGGAAGACGAUCAGUGGGAAUAGUGAUGAGCAAAACAAGAACAAGACCAAGACCAGGCUAGUCUUGGUCUUGGUCUUGUUCUUGCAAGCUUGGUCUUGGUCUUGGUCUUGCAGCUAAAAGGCAGUCUUGGUCUUGGUCUUGGUCUUGCACUAGCCGGUCUUGUUCUUGGUCUUGGUCUUGCUGCAAGAGUCUUGCUGGUCUUGCUUUUUUAGUAGUAAUAAUUUGAACCAAACAAUUUCGAAUAAAACGUACAUUGAAAUAAAUAAAGAUGUGAAGAAUGAAACUAUAUUAUUUGCUUUAAAAUUUUAACAGAAUGUAGAAUGUAGUUUCAAACGGAUACCAAUUUUAACAUUAUACAUUCACCUAAUGACCUAAUUAUUUCUCUCUAUAUAAAGAGACUAGAGUAUAUUUUUAUAAUGGUAAUGUUUAUCAGUAGGAAAAACCUGCAUUUACAACCCUUGUUGCAAUUGCCGGCCUUCGGUUUUGUCACGUUGUGUUUUGCAUGCUGUCGAUACCUGCCGCCUGCCUUCAGACCACGUCUUGAGUCUGGAUUAUUGUUUAUUGCCUAAAAUUUUAAAGAAAAAGAGCUUCUUAAAGGUGCCACAAAUGGUCGGGAACCUUCAAUUCACGGAUUUUACGAAAAGGGAUAAACAGUUUAUAGUUGUUAACAGAUAAUGAUCUGCUCCUUUCACUCGAACACUGUAGUAUUUAUCCUACGAGGGUCAAAUUUAAGAACAUAAAUUAAAUUUUUUUAAGAGAACACAAAAAUCAAAUAUUUUUUACUCUAUUUAAUCAUUAUUUAAUAUAAUUAACUUUUUUAUAAACUAACUAAAACAUACUUUUUAGUAAAUACGUUCAUAUUUACCAUACCUAUUUAAAGACCUAAUACUAUAACAUAAUAACUAUACCUAAUGGGGAGUUAUAAACGCUUAAUUCUGUAAUUUGUUAUCUUGCAGUUCUUUAAUUUUAUUUAAACUACAUUGCUCUCGUAACACGAGUUAUUCGCACUUUUUAUUUUCACAUAUUUUUGGAUUGAAUACCCAUUAUGACAUUUAAAAAGUUGAAAAUAUUCGGAUGUGGGUAGUAAAAACUAGAAUUUAAAACACACUGAAAUGAUGCGCAUGCAUUUCAAGUGCGGCACAUACUAUUUGUAGUACUGGCCCUUUCUGGGGAAAACCUAGAUUCUUCCAAAUAGUUUUCAACAAUGAAAUCAGUAAACUUCUUUACGCGUUUGUCAUCCGGGAUUUUCACAAAUAAUUCAACUUCCAACUUUCGUUGAUUGUAAAAAAUUAACCCAAAAAAAUAAUUUUAAAAAUUUCCCAGUAUCGAAAUUUUUGUCAUAAUAUUCAGAAACUGAACCUAAGCUUUGGAUUUUGCGAUACCAAGCUUGACACAUUACAAUCGACAACCAGUUAUCUUUUAUUCAGGCCACAAUGCUUUCACAGCAUUGUGAAUCCCUUUUCAAAAUUUAUUAUGAUAUUUUUUGUAUUAAUUUUAAAUUUAACGACCUACAUUUUUCCUCGAUUAUGCGAAAAGAAUUGAAAUAAGUGUCAGUAUUUUUAUUAGACAGAAAAGCGAAAACUACUGGUACAUAAAAACCGUUUUUAAUUGCAUUUCUUUUUAAAUGGAUUACCCUAUCUAUAAUUACAUUUUUUUGUCUCACAAGUAAUUUCAAUUGUCCUUGAACUGUCGCCGUUUGAAAACUUGCCUUCUGGACACUUUGAAGGUUGAGAAAAUGCAAACCGUUUGACUUAAUCAAAACGACUUAAAAAUAUAACCAAAAUAUUAUGUAUUUAAAAAAUUCGAUAUUGUUUAAGGUUUCUUACAAUGUCAGUAUAUAUUAUUGAACUAAAAAAUAAAGUUAAAUAAUAAAAACCAAUUUUUCUCAAAAAAGUGCAAGAGUCUUGCAGGUUGGUCUUGUUCUUGCGUGGUCUUGCAAGGUUCGGUCUUGGUCUUGGUCUUGUUCUUGCAAGCUUGGUCUUGGUCUUGUGCAACCAAAAGGCGGUCUUGGUCUUGGUCUUGGUCUUGCUGCAAGACCAAGACCAAGACCGCAAGACCAAGACCAGUCUCGCUCAUCACUAAGUGGGAAGACCACGAAAACGAUGGAACGACAACUUACUAGAGGCACAUUGAAAAAACAGACAGAGUCAUGUCUAUACAAAAAGAAGAAGAAGAAUAAAAAUGUACUGAGAUACUUGGGAUAUAUUGGGAGAAGAAAAGAAGAUGUUAAAAUAAUGAUAGUAGAAGGCAUUGUAGAGGAAGCUCUCUAUCGGGAUUGUCAGACCAAAUAAAGAACACGACCAGUUACUUAUUUUCAAAAGCAAAACAACAAGCUGGUUAUGAUUUAUGGAGAAAACCUGUAAAAUUAUUAUACAGAGAGGUAGAAGAAACACAUCGAGGAAAAUCCUGCCGUCACAGGAUAGACGUCUUGAACAAAUUCUGAGGAAGCUGAGAGUCAUAAGGUGGAGAAGAGUGGCUAAGCAUCGAUACACUUAAAAGGCAGAUAGUUGGUCAGGCCCAAAGCUCCUAUGAGCUGUAGGGAAGCAGAGAAAUAAUAGAGUAAUAAGUGCUCUAGGCCUACAGCAUAUGUUGUGUACUGUAAAAAAAUAAAAAAUACAGUAUGAAAUAACACGAUACGGAGUUUAAGAAGCAAAACAAGAUCGUAAGGAGACGAGAAGAAAAAACAACAAAUAGAUGCGAAGAUAAGUCCUUUUUAAGAAAGAUAGACAAUUUCCAGCGAAGAAUCUUUGAUAACUGACGUACAGGGAUUCUUCAUCAAAAGUAAGCGCACUUAUUUUGUACUUUAUCUUUUCAACAGGAAACAAGGAAAAAUUGCUAAACAUCAGAGAUGGAACAAUGAAACAUAGAAAAAAAUUUUCGUAAAGUAAAAACUACAAUAAACGUAACUUAUGGUGCAUUGUCGAUCAGGUUUUGAAAUGCUGCAUCGCCAUAGUCUCCUCUCAGAAAAUUGGGGCGAAAAUACGUCCUUUACUGCACUUUAUCGAACAAAAAAGUGUGACGUAUUAUUUGGAAGAAAAAUCUGUAAAUUCUAGACAUACAAUUUAAAAGACUGCUCUAGAUAUUCACUCUAGUACAGCUCUUUUGUUCGCCAACUUUUUAUUCAGCGGUACUAUAAAACCAUUUAAACAUAUUUCAUGUCGCAAUCACAAACGAUCAAAUCAAAUCGAAAUACUUUUGUAUAUUAAACGAAGGUGUUAAUGUAAAUAUAUAUCUUGAAGGUAAUAUCUUCUAUUAACCACGAACUAUAUAAGUGCAAUUAUUCCGUAUUACAUAAGUAAGGUAAAGUUAAAUCGAAUUUUAAAAUACAAAGUUGUUAACAAUGUUGUAACGAAAUAAAAAUUUAAUAUGCAGUUAA